CUCUCACAUCAGCCAACGACCGACCGACCACGGUCCAGAUACCAGAGUCUAGCCGACCGUGGACUUGAAAGAAAGAAAGAAAAGUAACAGCAUCCAUGGCCAGCGGUUCAAUAAGGAAGAAGAUAAGCAACAGCAACGGCUCUUCAUCUUUAUCUAAACAUAUGAGGAAAAUCUCCAUUGUUCUCCUCUUUCUCGUUAUUUACGUUGCUAGCAUUCCAUCGAACGUCUCGAGUGUGUCCGGAUCUUCCGUCGGAAUCUAUUCCAUCAAAGUCGUCAACGAGUAUCCUCACGAUCCUAGAGCCUUCACUCAGGGCCUCCUCUACAGUGGAAAUGAUACUCUAUUUGAAUCAACUGGCCUCAAUGGACAGUCAUCUGUUAGGAAGGUGUCUCUCCAUACGGGAAAGGUGGAAGCCAUACACAAGCUUCCUCAUGUUAUUUUUGGGGAGGGAUUAACCCUUAUCCAUGACCGGUUGUAUCAAGUGAUCUGGAAGGAGAAAACUGGUUUCAUAUAUGAUCGUUAUAAUUUAAGCAAAGUAAAGAAAUUUACUCAUCAAAUGAAAGAUGGUUGGGGUCUGGCAACUGAUGGGAAAGUUCUUUAUGGGAGUGAUGGAACUUCCACUUUAUACCAGAUGGAUCCCCAAACAUUAAAAGUGAUUAAGAAAAACAUUGUCAAGUAUAAAGAUCAUGAAGUAUUCAAUCUAAAUGAACUAGAAUAUAUAAAUGGUGAAAUCUGGGCAAAUGUUUGGCAGACGGACUGCAUUGCAAGAAUCUCUACCAAAGAUGGCACUGUUUUGAGUUGGAUUCUCCUUCCGAAAUUAAGGGAGGGACUGAUAGCAUCUGGCCACAGUGGUAUUGAUGUGUUGAACGGCAUUGCGUGGGAUAAAGAUAACAAUAGGAUCUUUGUGACUGGGAAACGUUGGCCAAAGAUAUACGAGAUAAAGUUGCUACCUAGCACAAAGGAGGCUGCAUCUAGAGGAGGAGGCGUAGAGAAACUUUGUUUUCGUCAACGAUUUUGAAAAAAAUAAAGAUUGACAUUAAUCUUUUAUUUAUAAAAUUACUUGAUGAAUUUAAUUAAAUUCUCAGAUUUGAAAUAAGAGAAA